CAGAUUACACACAUAUAAAUUAAAUAAACUUGACAAAUAACUUUCAGAUUUGAAUUCAUUCUUAUUGGAGUAAUUCUUUAAGAUUUUAUUUGAAGUUCUUCCGCCAUAGCCCAUAGCAGGCCGCCAUGAAUGUUAACGGGUGGUGGGGAAGCCAUGGAAACGACAUUGGAAGGACCUUGUACCUUCUCUUCCUCGGCCAGGUCAUUUCGUUUGUGAGGUCACUCAUGAGCUUCACUUCUUCUCUGUUAGCCAGUAUUGGAGUGGAUACUCCACUUACUUUGUCAUUCUUCGUUUACUUGGCGUUGUCUCUGGUAUACGGAAGCAUCUUUAUUUACCGGCGCCAGAAACUACAGGUUCCUUGGUAUUGGUAUCUUCUCAUAGGAUUUGCUGAUGUCCAAGGCAAUUUUCUAGUUAACCAAGCGUUCCAAUAUUCGUCGAUUACAAGUGUUACGAUUCUGGAUUGUUGGACAAUCGCCUGGGUUAUAUUGCUGACAUGGUAUUUCCUGGGAACUCGAUAUUCCCUAUGGCAGUUCUUUGGUGCUGCUGUCUGUGUGGCAGGGCUUGGACUAGUUCUCCUCUCGGACGCUGGGGUAGGCGGUGGAGGUGGAUCAAAACCUCUUCUGGGAGAUACGUUUGUAAUCAUGGGAACGCUUUUCUAUGCAGUGAGCAAUGUUGGUGAGGAAAUUUGUGUAAAGAAUAAAGACCGUGUUGAAGUAAUCACAAUGAUUGCUAUCUCCGGGUUGCUUGUGAGCAUUUGUGAGAUAGCUAUCUUGGAAACGAAGGGUCUUGCAUCAGUGAAAUGGUCUCCUGAAAUUAUUCUUGCAUUUGCGGGUUUUGCUUUUGCAGGCUUUCUGUUCUACACAUUUGUUCCUGUUCUUCUAAAGAUGAGCGGAGCCACACUGUUCAAUCUAUCCCUUCUAACGUCUGAUAUGUGGGCAGUUGUCAUCCGAAUUUUCUUCUACCAACAAGAGGUGGAUUGGUUAUACUAUGUAGCGUUCGGACUAGUUGGUAUCGGGCUUGUUGUGUACUCAAAAACAGAGAAGGCAUUAGAGUCUGCAGCAGCAACUGGGGAUGGUUCACAAUACCAAAUUCUUGAUGAAGAGUGAUCGAUCUUGAUGAUAAUC